AUGGCUGGUUUCCUGCUCCACACAGCAGCCUGCAUUGCCCCCUGCUGCUCCCGCCGAGGGGCCUGCCUCUCAGCCUUCGUGUUGCUCCUGCUGGCAGCUGUCGCGGCCCUCAUCGCCCUGAUCGUCAUCCUUGGAUCCCCACCACGAACACCAGGGGCCCAGGCCUGUGUGACGCUGACGAACAGGACCGGCUUCCUGUGCCAUGACCGGAGGAGCUGCAUCUCGGCCAGCGGGGUCUGUGACGGCGUCCGCACCUGUCCCCACGGCGAGGACGAAGAGGAGGCCUUGGGGCGGGAGAAACUGCUCAGAAAUGUGCCCCAGAGUCUCCCCAGCUUCCUUGUGGCCCACUGUGGAAACCCAGCUUCCUGGAUCUACUCAGACCAAAAGUGUGACGGAACCAACAACUGUGGGGACUGCUCAGAUGAACUGAGCCCAGUGACUGCAUGCCCACCCUGCAGCCCUGGGUGGUGGCGCUGCCCCUCCACUGUCUUCGAGUAUUGCGACUGUAUCCCGAGGAGCCUCUGCCGGGACCGUGUGCAGCACUGCUCUGACUGGUCUGACGAGUACUCCUGUCCUGGACCCUGAGUGGCACCAGGCCCGAGCAGGACGCUGGUUGAAUGGCACUGGUAAUCCUUCACAUGAGCAUCGAAUCGAAGAACAUGAGGGCAGGAAGGAGCCAUCAAGAUCACCUAAUGGGAUUUACACACUAUUGUCUCUGAAUAAGACUUGCCUCUUUGGCUUUCAAGAUGUUCACCCUCUCCUUGCAUGCCUCCAGGGACAGGGAGCUCACUAUCAUGUUAGGCAGCUCCUAACAAAAAUGAGGGGAAUCUGCUUCCAUGAUUUUAGGCUGCCUGUGGGGCCACACAGAGGAGAUCUGCUCUGUUCCAAGACAGACUUGCAGAUCCUGACCUUACUGCCCCUUGGAGAAAAGACAGGUCUGGGGCUCACACACCAAGCUGAGGCAUUUAGGCCUAUUUGCCAUUUCCUGUCUCUGUGGUACCCGAGGCAGGUAUUGCUGGGCUUGGCUACAGCCUUAGCAUUUUCCUCAUUUUCCUCCCUGGCCCUGCUGGUUGAUUACAUGAAAUUGCGCCUGAGAUGGGGCUUUGUCAUCCUGCCAGUGGGAAGCCGUCCAGGAGGCUCUGAGCUAUAAAGUAGAAGGAAUGGAGAAAGAGAAGCCCUUCUGUCCAUUCCGUUCUUCACCCUACCACUCCCCUCGCUCCACCCCGUGACCAGUACCAGACAUACAGCCCCGGGUUCUUGUAGUAAGGAUUGUGUUUUGAUCCCAGAGCCUGAGUGAAGGAGCUCUUUCUCUGCAGAGCUUUUCAGCUUCCCCACACCCAGACAGACAGGAUGGAUGCUCCCAUUAAACAGAUGAGGAAACUGAGGCCCAGUGGGAGAAAUUACUUGCCUGGGAUCAUACAAUAAAGUCAGUGGGACUCUCACAUAGUCUAUGGUGUCCCAACCCUGAAACCUUUCCUGCUAUCAAUAUAAUUAUCUCUUGGCUUGUGGGCCAAGGGGAUGGGGAUGGGCAGAGUCCCUGUGGGGUAUUUUUAAAAUGAGCUUGAGGGUCAGAAAGUGUCCCACCCUUAUUCUGAAAGAGAGACUUGAAAUCUGGCCAACAACAGGGUUCCUGUUGAGGGAGACAGACAUAUCCCCAUGGAAAUUAAUAAAAUC